AUGCCUUCUCCCCCACCUAAGAAGCGACCCAUCACCGAUUUCUUCAAACCAUACUUCAAAAGCAACGUUCCGGCCAAACGGCCGUCUCCUUUGAUCGAAGAUGCAGAGCAGCAGAAGAACCCGUCCAAGGAUGUCGGUCUCAUGACCACUCCCAAGGCUGCCAGACGGUCUGCGAAUGUACACGCUCACACUCCUGCAUCAUCUUCCGCUCUUUCGCCGUCGUCCGUCCCGGGUUCCCGAGCGUCUCUUCCCAUCCGCAGCCCCCGACCUCACCUGUCAGUCGAGCCGCCCUCGACGUACAAGAAGCCGCCUGACUUCGGCAAAGCCGCAAGGAAAGAUUCUUCAUCCCCCACCCCCGUCAAGCCCCUGAAAACGCCCUCCUUCGCGGAACUGCCGAACUCAACCCAGGCCGUGAUCAAAAAUGGCGAGGUCAUCGAAAUCCUUGAUUCAGACGAGGAUGAUUCGGAGUCGCUGAAGUCGUUGGAGUCACUGGAUGAUAUCCUGGGAAGAGCAAAGGGAGGUCAUGUCACCUCUCUGUCGUCUUCUCCCGAGCCAGAUGAAACACGGCUCGAAGCCGAGCGCUUGAAGACACUGAGCUUGUUUACCAGAGGUCGUUCGAACCCUUCGAUGAGCAAGGAGAAACUGAGAGCGUUGUAUGCCAGAGAGCUGGAGCACCGGUUCGAUAUAUCUGGAAUCUUAAAUGAGCAUUUUGACGACGAAGAAUUAGAACAAAAGGUCAAGAGAUCUCGAGCCGAUUUCCAAGAAGCCGUGAAAGCCUCGGAGGUCGAGACCAAUGCGAACCUCGAUAAAAAACUACUCGCAGCGGUCGCAACCACUGAAGAUGGAGAGGCGGGGGUUUCAAGGCUCAUGGACGCCGUGGAACGCACGGAGGCUCUGGCAUCCAACUGUGUCUUUUUGUUUUUCGGUAUCAAUGGCUUGAACGACUGGCACCACGAGUCUCCUGCGCGCGUUGAUUUCCCUGCUGGAGCGAUUCCAGACGACCUGUGGCGCCCAGGGGACGAUGGGGCCCUGUCGCGGGUAUUUUUGUCUGGCUAUAUGGCUGAGCUCGCCGCCAAAGGACGCUUAUCCGACGAGGCCCUGAACUGGACUUUUCAGAACGUGGUUAUCGAGCGGGAGGAUGAUGUACGGUCGGCGUAUAUCCAGUGUCUGCGAAACGCGAGCUCUUCAUGGACCCGAACAAACUUGACCCCCCAAGACGUGCAGACCGUCUUCCAGACUUUAGGAGCAGAUGAUGUCAGUCUCCAAGACUCCGUCUCGAUUCAACCCCGGCACCGCCUGCUCAGAGCACCCUCGAAGCGUGAUCCGAAAUACCUUCUGGCCGCCUUGGAGUUGUUUCAAUCAAUCUGCCAUGAUAUGGACUUUAUGGCACUGAGCAGACUGACUUCGAUUGUCUGCCGAAUCGCCGUCGACUGUGGACUCAUGAGUGAUGCUCGUAUAUCCUGCAAAGUCGAAGGAAUGCUGGAAACACUGCUAUCCUUACCGGAGCCCACUCUGCGGUCUCACAUUGCUGAGAGCAUGGUUGCAGAUGUCGGUCACCACCUGGAGGACGCAGUUUUGCAGGCCCAUCUGCUCUCACAUAUCCUUCCAACGUCGACAACAGCAUGCAGGGUGCGCAUCUCACUUGCGCAGUGUUUUCUUCUCGGAGUUGAUGUACUCAAAGGCGAUAAAUCUCUCAAGCCUCGAAUCUCUCUUGAUAUCCUCGCAGAGCACGUUUCAACAUCCUCGUCUUUUGACACCAGACGUCGCAAAGGACCCAACGCUCUCGACUAUGUCGCUUUACAUGCGCUGACUUCCGUUCUUGAUGUUGCAAUAUCUGAUGGUGGCCGUCCCACGACCUUUCCCUCACGCGCUGAAGAGGUUUUGUUCAACAGAUCAGUGGAUCGUCUGGCAGACAGCAUCCGAUCCACGUAUAUCUCAAUCAUCGACACAGGCGCCUCGCACAUGACGCGGACUGAGGCAAAAGACGUCCUACAAGCCCUUCAUUGGCGCCUUUUAUACAGCGUACGGACUGAGUUGCGCCCGAAGAAGAACAUCUUCGACGGCACAACCAGAAGGAUCCAGGAUGCAGAGGAGGUUCGCACGGAGGACAAAGGCAAGGACUUCAUGAAACACUUUUUGGCACGGAGGAAGGAAAAGCAGCAGGGGAAAGCGCAAGAGAACGACCUGCAGAAUACGCCACGGAACGAGGCUUCCGCUACAUUCGCAACAGCCACAUCGUCUGGGGAAUCGUCAGCAUGUUCUGAGACAGAGAAGUCGAUCCGCAAGCAGCUCGGGCUGAGCGAGUAA